AUGGUGAAUGUUCCUAAGGAAAAGAAACACUACUGCAGAACGUGCAAUACACACACAAGCAACAAGAUCUCACUCUACAAGAAAAGCAGGGACAAUCCACAGAGAGAAGGAAACAGAAGAUACCGCCUCAAGCAGAAGGGAUUUGGUGGACAAACGAAGCCAAUUCUGAGACGAAAGGCCAAGAACACCAAGAAACCCGUUUUGAAGCUGAAAUGCACAAAAUGCCAGCACGUUCAAAUGAAGCCACUGCACAGAGCAAAGCAGACGAUCAUCUCAAACGAGAAGAAGGUCAAAGGAGCAGCACUGACAUUCUAA